UUAUUUAAAACAAUUGACCCAAUUGGUUCUGGAGAACCUUCCUGAAGCAUGGAAAAAUUAAUCGAACCUAAUUAAAGUCUAUGCAACAGUGGAGGUACUGUGUGCUGUCACAACGAAACACAGACAUUUAUAUAUAUGUAUGUAUGUCAGAUCAGGAUGGAAAAGUGAAAGAAAACAACAAAUGGGCAAUAAAGAAUCGAGAAAAGUGAAAAUCCAAGCCCUAAUUAGAUCCUAGCCGGUACGAGGAGCCGAUUUUCGAAGCAAAAAGUGCCCGAAUACAAGCGGAGCGGCCUAAUCGAGCCGUGGAAACAUGAAUUGGAUGCCGCAGAUCGCUCGUUCCCAUACGUUUUCACAGCUGGAGAGAACCAGUCACAUAACAGAAUUUGUCCCCAGAAUGAGCGGCUACUCCACGUCCCCCUCGUCGAGUUUCAGCCACAGUUCCUUCGUGUCGGUUUCCCCCUCGGCUUUUAACAGUUUGGCGAAAAAGUUUGAGGAACAAGAGCUCUCGGGGGGCGAGUCCACCCCCGUGAAUCACUCCCCCGCGCACUCCAGCUCCCCGAUACUCCAAGAGAAAUUGAAUGUCUCGAAUGGGCCCGUGGUGGUGCCCGCUUAUCACGAGAAUGUUGGCGGUACCACCUACUUUUUCCAGCAGUACCCUCAGGACUCCAACGGAGAAAGUAGUGAGGGUGUGCAACCGAUUGUGGGUUCCUCGAAUGAAUAUGUGCCGUUCGUGGCCAAAUCUGAGAUGUCUUACUUUGUUGCCGACGAUAUUAAGCAGGACGUGAUGAACAGGAGUAUGUUGAGUCUGUUGCAAGGGAAUUCUACGCUGAAUUCGGAUUUGCCUCAGGAGGUGGAGAGCUAUCAUGAGUUGUACCCUUUGGAACCUAUCUCGAAUCAAAAAAACCAUCAGGUACUGCACAAGGCCCACCUGGGCUACCAAACGUCCAUGUACAAAGCGACCCACGCGAAAACCGGGGUGCGUUACUGCCUGCGCAGGAUCCACGGCUUCCGUCUGCAAAACGCCAAAUUCAUGACGAUGGUCGAAACGUGGAAGAAACUGAACCAUCCGAAUAUCGUGCAGCUUAAAGAGGUCUUCACCACGAAGGCCUUCGGUGAUAAUUCCAUGGUGUUUGUAUAUAGUUAUUAUCCGGGUUCGGAGACCCUGAUGAACAAAUUCUUCUCCAACGACCAACCGGGUUACCUGGACCCGUUCGCCAGCGACAAAUCGACCCCGAUGCCGUACAGUUAUCAAAAGAACAACCUGCUACGGCACCAGCAGAUCAAUAAACUGUCGGAGGCCCUCAUUUGGAACUACGUCAUGCAGUUGGCCUCCGCCCUACGGUCGAUCCAUUCCAGUGGGUUGGCGUGUCGCAGUCUCGAUCCCACCAAGAUCAUUUUGACCUCGAAGAACAGGUUAAGACUGAGCUGUCUGGCUGUGAUGGACGUGGUGAUCCACGAGGGAACCUCGGUGAACCACGUGGCCCUGGUGCAACACUACCAGCAGCAGGAUCUCACCUCUCUGGGCAAACUGGUGCUCGCCCUCGCCUGUAAAUCAACGAUGGCUGUACAAAGGGACAAUAUGCCCAUAGCCUUGGAGAUGGUGCAGCGCAGCUACAGUCCCGAUCUACAUCACUUGAUCUCGACUUUGUUGAGUAAUUCGCGGAAAAGCGUUACGGAUCUGAUGCCGACCAUAGGGGCGCGGUUUUUCUCGCAACUGGACAAUCUGCACGGUCACAUCGACGCUUUGGACGGGGAAUUGGCCAAAGAGGUGCAAAACGAUCGACUUUUUAAGUUGAUGGCGAAACUGACGACGAUCAACGAACGGCCGGAGUUUAAUAUGGAGAGCACCUGGUCGGAAACCGGAGAUCGGUACAUGCUGAAGCUGUUCAGGGACUACGUGUUCCACCAGGUGACGGAGGAGGGUCAGCCCUGGAUCGACAUGGGGCACAUCAUCCAGUGCCUGAACAAACUGGACGCCGGGGCGCCCGAGAAAAUUUGUCUGAUGUCCAGGGACGAGCAGAGCGUCCUGGUGGUGACUUACGCGGAACUGAAACACUGUUUCGAGCAGUCGUUCCAGGAGUUGUGCGCGAACGGCGCCCCUUUGCAUCUACAUCACGAGCUCGACGACAACAGUAAAGUUUAAUUAAUUAAUUAAUUGAUUGAUCGUUAAUUAAUUAAUUUUUUUCUACUUUUAUUUUUUUGGUUGUGUGUAAAUAUUCGAAAACGCGGACCGUGCGAAGAGAGCGCGCGACGUUGGUCGAGAACGCGCCACGAGAUUCCAGUGUGUUUAAAUUAUUUAAAUAGAAUAUUUUUUGCAUAUAAGUUAUAUUUUCUUGAUAAAAAUAAAAAUUGUAAAAAAUU